AUGAAGCGCUCCCUGAAGUGGUUUGGUUCCAAAACCAGCCCCAGUAACAGUCCCGAGCCUGCGGAGCCCUCCGCUAGGGCCGGUGGAAAUAAUAGUUAUCGCGCAUCGCCUUCCUCUGUUUCUGCAGCUCCCAGGAACCCAUCGCCUUCCGACUCAACAACCGGUUCACCCUCUUCCCUUCUUCACCCAUCCUCGCCGUCGCCGUCCCCGACACCCCAACCGCCGACCCCCCGCGAUUCCGUCUUUCCUCGAUCCGAUUUUUCGCUACCCGCUGCCUCGAAACCCAUUGACAUUGCGGUCCCCCAUUGUCGGUCCACUGCAUCCAUCUCACCGGUUGACCGCAAUCCCGUCACUUUCCCAACCCACGACCUCGACGAUCUCGAUAUCGACUGGGACCAAGGUCCUUGCCUCGCCGACCUUGGUUUUGACCCCGACGUCGACAUGACCGCCGGUCAACACUUCGACUCGGCCUUGAGCCGCAGUCGACAGGAAUCUUUCCUAGGCACUGGCGCAAAACCCAUCUCCAUGGCAAACCCUAAUCGCGACCACGCCAACCGCAUCCGUCGUGAAAGCAUGGCCGGCAGUCUUAGAGCAGGCAGCCUCAUGGCGGGGAGUCUCAUGGGUAACGGUAUGAGCUGGGGCGGCAUUUCUGUUGGAAGCUUCAUUCGCGAAGACAUGAUGAUGACAGGCACUUCACCGUAUCUAACGCACCAGUCUCCCUCGUUCCAUUCUUCGUCGUAUAUCCCAAAACUCGAGGCCAACUUCAUGCGCGAUUUCACCUGCUGCGACAGGACGUGGCCGACACUACAUGAUCUCCUUCAACAUUACGAGGAGAACCAUCACGCCACCGCAGCACCCAACACCUCCAACCAGAACCUCAAUACCUUUGGUACCAAUCAAGGGAACGCACGCGGUACUGCCAGUCGUGCCACUCCAACUCCUGUAGUGGGUAGAGCUCAGCCAGGAGCCCAGGCGAUGAAUGGAUACCAAGGUCAGCGUCAUUUGAGUGUUUCUGGCGCAGGAAUGGGCCUCGGCGGUAUCGGACAGAUGAUGCGGCAGCAACAGGUAGCUCCAGCUGUGCAGAAAAUGACUUCCAUGUCACAUAUGAACGAUGAUAUGGAUACCGUCGGAGAGAUGGAGCUUGACGAGACCGUGGGACCUAUGGAGAUGGACGAUAAUCAGCGGACAAUCCAGCAAACUCGGCAAUUGUUUGGGCAGCAGCAGCGUCCUCAACUACACCUGAACAGCUCUGGGCUUCCGCACCAGGCUUUGCGCACUUCUCAACCCCCAACUCCUGCUGCUGUCAGCUUUGGUUUCCAGAAUAACCCGACUGUUUCGUCAGUCAACACACCAACCCUGACAACACAAGGAGGCCUACCUCAGCGGGGACAGUUUGGUCAGGAAGAUGACAACGGUGAUGACAUGUCCGGAAUGCCUAUGAAGAUGAACCUCGGCGGCAUGAACUUGAACGGCGGUCAGCUCGGAGGACUGGCAGGAAACUUGGCUUUCGGAGCUCUGGGAACGAUUGAUGAUCCCGCAAAGAGGCUGUAUAGCCCUGGUGGUACGACUCAGAUGACGAGCCAGCAACGAGCGUUCGAUGCCCAAAUGCAGAUGCAGCAGCAGUUGCAGCAGCACCUGGCGUCGAUGAAUCUCGAUCUGAACCAGCUUGCUCCUGGUACAGAUCCCGCUCUGCUUCUGCAGCAGAUGACUGCGCUCAUGAUGCCGCCGACAGAAGAACACAAGCCUUUCCGCUGUCCCGUCAUUGGAUGCGAGAAGGCAUACAAGAACCAGAAUGGUCUGAAGUACCACAAGACCCAUGGACAUUCGACCCAGCAAUUGCAUGAGAACGGCGACGGUACCUUCUCGAUCGUCAAUCCGGAAACGAGCACGCCUUACCCUGGUACUCUGGGUAUGGAGAAGGAGAAGCCCUUCAAGUGCGACGUUUGUGGAAAGCGCUACAAGAACUUGAACGGUCUCAAAUACCACAAGCAACACUCGCCCAUGUGUGACCCUGAAAUGAGAGCCCAGCACCAGAACCUUAUCUCGACCAUGAUGUCCAACCCAGCUGCGCUCAUCGCUUUCCAGCAAAACCUGCCCAACAUUAACGAAGAUGUUAUGUUGUAG